AUGGGCAGUGACAAGAGUGAAGACAUUUCCAACCAUUCAUUGGAACAAGACAGCGAUACUUAUAAUAUGGAUGAUAGACAGCCUAAUCUUGCACAACAGAGGCUAACUGAAAACAGUGACUCCUCUGGUACUCCAGUAUAUGCUGGACACGCUGACAAUAACCAAGAGGACAACGCUGUACAACAACAACAACUUAAUGCAAAGGUAUCUGGUGCUGAUGAUCAGUCGGCACCAAAGGCAAAUGAGCAAGAUCAAGCCUUGCUGCAACAACUGCCUGCUUCACCACAAUACAUAUCAUUCUUUAGCAGGGACUAUAAACCACACAGAAGAAAAAUACACAAACGAUUUCUUUUGAUCAACUUGUUGAUGUCGUCUUUGAUAUUGAUUGCUUUUUCCAUAUAUUGGGGUUCAUACUACGACAUCAACGACAAUCUCAAAAACUUGAAAUUUUUGGUGGUGAUUGGUGAUGAGCAAACUGUAGAUGGAGUGGAGCCAGUAUUUGGUAAUGCCAUGGAUGAUAUCCUACAACGACCUCAAGCGAAAGCUAGUGGCGAUUGGCAUAUUUACAAAGAAAGCGAGUUUGAAAACUUGGCAAAUGAGCACAACAACACCAUUAGAGGAGAGAUUUUGAGAAGAGUUCAUCAUCAAUUGUAUUGGUCAGCCAUAUAUGUCAAGCCAAAUGCAAGUUACAACUAUGUUCAAGCAUUGAAAAAGGGAGAUACUAGCUAUAAUGCAUCUGAUAAUACAGUUACUGCAUAUUACGAAACUGGACGUGAUUUUCUUGCCAUGAGACUGUAUGUCACACCACAAUUGCUGAAGAUUCAAUCGAUGUGGUUUGAACAACAACCAAAUCUACUUUCACAGUUAUCGGAAAAUAUCACAAUACAAUCACAACAACAAAAACAACUCUAUGCUCAGCCUAUCCAUUUCACCAUGGUUGAUAGAAUACCAUUUACUGAUAAUGUCCUUAGUGCUCCAUUGCAAGUUGGGUUCAUUUACAUGAUUAUUGUUUCAUUUUUCCAAUUCAAUUUCUUUGCUGAUGCCCAUUUAAAAGUGGCAAAGUCACCAAUCAAUAGACUCCAUUACGUUGUCUACCGUUAUAUCUCCUCCAUUUGUUCAUUUUUCUUUCUUUCAUUGAUGUUUGGAUUGGUUACAUUGGCUUUCCAAGUUGAUUUCACGCCAACUUAUGGCAGAUCGGGAUUCCUCGUUUACUGGUGUAUAUCUUUCCUAACCAUGUCUGCAGUGGGGCUAGCCACUGAAAUAAUGGGGAUGUUUAUCAUUCCAUUUUAUCCUCCUUUGCUUGGGUUUUGGUUGAUUUUAUGGGUUAUUAGUAACAUUGCACCUACAUACACGGCAAUGGCAUUAACAAACAAUUUCUUCCGGUAUGGGUAUGCCAUGCCUAUUCACAACAGUUAUGAAGCAGUGAAGACGGUGUUUUUUGAUGUUUAUAAGGGACAGUUGGGUCGCAAUUUUGGAAUAUUGGUGGCGUGGGUGGUGUUGUUGAGUGUGAUUUUCCCAUUUGCAGUGAUGUAUUUUGGAAAAGCUAUGGGUAAGAAGGCUGCUGUUGCUGCUCAACAAGAAGCUGCCAAGCGUGCUGAACUGGAAAAGAAGACUAGUGGGGAUGUAUAA